CUUUUUCUAUUUUACAAUUAAAUAUCUUUUCCACAUAUGUAUAGUGUAGAAUCAAUUCCAUUUCAAUUGUUUUUUUAUGCACAUUAGAAGGUCAAAGCUGUGCUGUGUUAGGCAUUCAGAAAAAUACAAAAAAUUCUUUUAGGCUUAGAAUUACUUUCAAAGGUAGGAGGGAGGAGUGGGGAAAGAAUUGCAUUAUACAAUACAAAGUAAAAUCUUCCUUCUUCAAACUUUGACUUGAGUUUAUAGAACUGGCAUUUGGGAAAAAAAUCCUAAAUAGCCUAAUAUUGGUAUAAAUUUGGCAAAUUUGAUACCGAUUGGCAAAUUUGACCCCAAAAUAAUCAGAAGCUAAUAAAAAAAAAAGAAGAAUUUGUGGUGAUGGUUUUUAGAAGAAUUAUUUUCAAGGAUAUAAUUGUGCUCAGCUGGUACGGGGACUUGAAGCAAGCCUUGCGCGGAGACUAACUGGAAAUUGCUGUAUUUUAGGGUUUUUUUCAGAAACUGUCCAUUAUGUCAUUAGUGAAUGCAGGAACCAGUUCGUCAAGUUAAAUGUACUGGUUAGGCAUUAUUCCAACUGAAUUAUUCUGUGAUCAAAAUAACAUUUGUGUCCUCACAUCCCACAGACUUAACUACAGUUUAAUCUAUGUGAACUCUUAAUAACGAUAAGAAUUUCAGCAUUGGUCUGAGUAGUGAUAGUGGUAAUGUUCACGUCCAAGUGGAGAAUUUCCCACGGUUUUGACGGCACAGACCUUUGUAGCAAACAAUGAAAAGAACCGUUUCUAUUAAUUCUGCUUCCUGUGAGCAAAUAUUCUAUUCCUCAUUGUCUGUAACAAAAUCCUUCCAAGUGCAAGGUAGCUAUAACAAAAAAUUAUUUAUCAACAGUAAUGUUUACCCUACCUGUAAUUCAUUAUCACCUAUUUUAUUCCAGUUCCGAACAGGACCUACUGUUUGUUCUCUUCUGCACAGAACGAGAAACCAACCUGAUGAAACUGUCACCUUUGAGCAAAGGCGUAGGGGCUGCCUGGUAUCAGUGUAGAGCAAGUGAGUUCCUUCUGGUGAAGAUGAUAAGCGUUCAACCUUGAGUACAGUGUCAAAAGCUGUGCUGCCAAAGACAGGUCAGGAUGUGUUUUCAGGUCCUGAAACGAACAAGGGGAAAACUACAUGGCUGUUCUUCCAAGCUGAGAACAAUCCAGGUGGAGGACUUGGAGGAGUUCUGGAGAUGCAAGGCCAAAUCCCAGUGCUUAUGCACAUCAUAUGUGAGAAAACCAAGCACAGGGGGGAGAAAAAAGAUGCAUUUUCCCAGCUCAGCAAUCUAGGGUGAUAGCAGUUGGAGGAACAUCACCCUGCAGUGUAACCUGCUCUGAUCUGGAGGGGCAGGAAAUUCACGAAGAGGAUUGAUAAUUGCUGCUUUGCGUUGCAGUUCUGGAACUGGCAAUAAUUGUAAUGCCUUCCCUUCCAGCAGCAAAGGACUGACAGCAUAGGGACUGAAGACUUGUGGGGAUGCAGGUCUCUUCUUGGGAAGACUCGAUCCUACAAUUCUUUAAAAACCAAGCCAAACCAAAAAAAAGUCCCUGCCCGCACUGUCAAAUUUAGUAUGUGCUGGUGCCUUGUUUUAAUGACUCCCGCUAGUGCAGUAGUUCAGUGUGCUGGAGUAAUGUGACUGCUUUAAUUUGAUUUUGGAAGCUCUUAAGCUUUUUCUCUCCUACAAGUCUGAUGUUAAUGUGUCUUACAUUCAUGACUUGGAUUACUGUGAGACUUCUGAAAGAUUGAAAAUGGGAAAGGGUUAGUGCAGAGGCAGAGAUACACUAUCUUACACAUCAAAAGAGCACAGAGACUGUGAAAGCCCUCAGUUGGGAGGAGUUCAAACACUCACCAAUAACCUGCCUACGUUAAACCUUUUCCAGAAUGCGUGAGUCUGAGAGAUAAAGGGAGCUAUAAAAGGUGAAGCAGCUAGCAGGGCACCAGAUCAAACUGCCCACAGCUCCUGAAAGGUCGUGGUCCAGGUUUGAAGAGGUGCUUUUAGAAGGAAUCGGUAUGGAGCCUGAGGAGUACAGACAGAGAGGGAAAGAGAUGGUGGAUUACAUUUGCCAGUACCUGAGCAAUGUGAGAGAGAGACGGGUGACUCCGGAUGUACAGCCAGGUUACAUGAGAGCCCAGUUGCCGGAUUCUGCCCCAAUGGACCCAGACAGCUGGGACAACAUCUUUGGAGAUAUAGAGAAGAUUAUUAUGCCUGGGGUAGUCCAUUGGCAAAGUCCACACAUGCAUGCCUACUUUCCAGCUCUUACUUCCUGGCCUUCACUCCUUGGCGAUAUGUUGGCUGAUGCAAUUAACUGCUUGGGAUUCACAUGGGCCUCUAGUCCAGCCUGUACAGAACUGGAAAUGAAUGUGAUGGAUUGGUUGGCUAAAAUGCUGGGCCUUCCAGAUAAAUUCCUGCACCACCAUCCUGACAGUGUGGGUGGAGGAGUAUUACAGAGCACUGUGAGUGAAUCAACCUUGGUUGCACUGCUAGCAGCAAGGAAAAACAAAAUUCUGGAGAUGAAGCUUUGUGAGCCAGACACUGAUGAGUCCUCACUCAAUUCUCGCCUCAUCGCUUAUGCAUCUGAUCAAGCGCAUUCUUCUGUAGAAAAGGCUGGCUUGAUUUCUCUUGUGAAGAUGAAGUUUCUGCCUGUGGAUGAGAACUUUUCCCUCAGAGGUGAAACUUUGAAGAAAGCCAUUGCAGAAGACAGAAAGAAAGGCCUAGUGCCAGUCUUUGUUUGUGCAACUUUGGGUACAACUGGUGUCUGUGCUUUUGACAAUCUGUCAGAACUCGGACCAGUUUGUGAUGCUGAGGGACUCUGGCUUCAUAUUGAUGCUGCAUAUGCAGGAACAGCAUUUGUAUGUCCUGAAUUCCGAUUUUUCUUGGAUGGAAUUGAAUAUGCAGAUUCCUUUACUUUUAACCCUUCUAAAUGGAUGAUGGUUCAUUUUGACUGCACUGGAUUUUGGGUUAAAGAUAAAUACAAGUUACAUCAAACCUUCAGUGUUAACCCUGUCUACCUCAGACAUCCCAAUUCAGGAGCUGCUGUUGAUUUCAUGCACUGGCAAAUACCACUGAGUCGUCGUUUUCGUUCUUUGAAGCUGUGGUUUGUGAUUCGUUCAUUUGGGGUGAAAAAGCUUCAAGCUCAUGUUCGACAUGGUACAGAAACAGCAAAAUUCUUUGAAUCAUUGGUUAAAAGUGAUCCACUCUUUGAAAUUCCUGCCAAGAGACAUCUUGGACUGGUUGUAUUUCGCUUAAAGGGUCCCAACUGGCUGACAGAAAAACUCCUGAAAGAAUUAAGCAGUUCUGGCAGGCUCUUCCUUAUUCCAGCAACCAUUCAUGACAAGUUCAUCAUUCGCUUUACUGUAACAUCUCAGUUCACAACCAGGGAAGAUAUUCUGGAAGACUGGAGCAUCAUUCAACACACUGCAGCCCAAAUCGUUAGCCAGAAUUAUGGGUUGCACUGCAUCAAUUCUGGUGAUGGGGCAAGAAUCCCUAAUAUGAUAGUUAAGCCUAGUUCUGAUGCCAUUGGUAGUGUUCCUCAGCUUUAUCUAGAUGGAGGAAAAUACAAAACACCUUCCAGAAAAAUAGUAGUUCAGCCUAAGAAGUUAGCAGCUAGUCCCAGUACGUGCGUGAUUAGUCAACAAGUGAAAGGUCAAGGGGAUCCUCUAGAUGACUGUUUUCCGGAAGAUGGCCCAAAUGUUACCAAACAUAAGUUAACCUCUUUUUUGUUCAGUUAUUUAUCUGUUCAAGGCAAGAAAAAGACAGCACAUUCCCUUAGCUGCAACAGUGUGCCAACGACUGGUGGUCUUGAGCAAUGUAACCCCAAAGCAGCAGCCACUGACAAGGAGUCUCAUGCAAAUGCCAGAAUUCUUUCCAGGCUGCCUGAAGAGGUGAUGAUGCUCAAAAAAAGUGCCUUCAAAAAACUAAUUAAGUUCUACAGUGUCCCAAGCUUUCCAGAGCGUAGCAUUCAGUGUGGCCUUCAGCUGCCUUGCUGUCCUCUGCAAGCCAUUGUUUAACAAGUAAAAGAGCUCGAUAGAGAUUGGAGACCUCUCCAGGUAGAAAGAGAACCAAAGUUUGCUUAUUCAUAUGCAAUACUACAUGUUAUUUGUUCAGUAUGUAAGGAGUGACAGUGACCACUGAGAAAAUUCCUGUGCUUUUACUGGUGGAAACUUCGUGUAUUUAUAGAUUAAAAUGUCAAAUAAAUCUUGUAGGCAUAUAACAUGAAACUCUCUGGUUUGUAGACUGUGGUAAAGAAAAGGCCAAUUUCUGCCUUAUCAGUCCUGGUAAUGGACAGUUUCUAGCUGGUGGGCUAGAAUGAUUUUGACAAAAUAUGCUGGUCUCAGUAGGGGGUAAACAAGUUAGCUCUCUAUUUGCACCAUUGGGUUUUGGUUUGGUGUUUUUUUUUUUUUUUUAAUAACCUGACUUAAACUCUCUAGACUGCUGUGAGGAUCUGUGUGUGCAUGCAAUGCCAACAUCAAUUCUGAACUGUGCAAAAAGAAGGAUGUAACCUCUCUCUGAGAUUUUGCUAUAUUGGGGCAAUUUUAAAACUCCCUGAGUUUAAACACACAGCAGCCCUGCCAUUCCAUCUGUGCUAAUCAGUUACAGUGCACCAGAGGCUUCAUGCAACCAUAUAGCAAGAGCUGUUGCCCUUGCUAAGCACCUGUGGCCUUUCCUAGCAUUACCUAAGGUCUGUAAAUCCCAAGUGCAUGAGGAAAGAGAGGAGGAAUGAUAUUUCACCCUUUCUCAUAUCAGAAGAACUAAGGGGAAAUAAAGAAGAAAGGGUCUCUGUACAGCGAACAAACUUCCUGGUACAAGAGGCCAAUGAUUUAACUUUUUUUUUUUUUUCCAAGAAUAAUUUUAAAAAAUGGGAGGAGAAAAAUCCAUUGAGGGCAGCUUUAAAUUCAGAGAUACUACUGUUGAGUCAGGAAGCAUGAUGAUUGCUAGAUUAUUCUGGGAAAGCACUACUAGAUGCUUGCUGCCUUCUUCAGAUGUCUGUUGCCAGAUAUCUACAAUCGCCCCACUUUGAAGGCAGCAUACUUGGCCAGAAGGAUCUUCAGUCUGACCUGGUACAACUAUUCUCAAGUUAUAUAACAGUGAGUUUGGUAAAUCAGAACAAUUUUUAUAACAUCAGCUAAACUCCCAGUGGAGUGUAUUGAGGCAUGCAUUACAAGGAGCCGUAAAAUUUGGUCUGCUAGCCCUUUCAAGUUAGAAUAGGUUUAUUUUGUUCCAUUCUGUAAUACUAUUUGCCUUUUUUUAAAUCCUAGGGAAAUCUAAGCCACACUUUAUUAUGAAGUAUCUGGCCUGCCACUACUCUGUUUGUACGCAAAGGGAAAUAUGUUUUAGUUCUUACAAAUUGUUCUCAUUCUGUGUAUGUAUUACUUGGUACAUAAAAAACAAGAGGGCAUCUCUGCUGCAACAGAUCAAAGUUAAUGUAAGCAUCUGAUACAGACUUUUUUUCAUUAGCUAAUUUGAGACAACUGUAAGCAUUAAUGGUCUUUUUCACGAGUUCUGUGGUUUUGGGGAUGUAAUUUUUAUUAAAGCAGUGGAUCACCCUUCAAUAUGAAUAUAAAUGUAUUUGCAUAAAGAUGUCUUAUAUUGUACCCACUUUCACCUGCUUAGGUGCACAAUAUUAACAUUCACAGCAUUAACGAUACAUCCAUACACAGUAGGAGGUAAGAUUCAAAGUAUAAAGGAGAGGAGAAGCCAGGCUAAGAUACCAGUACAGUUGGAGAAGUUCUGCUUUAUUAAAACAAUCUCACAUUUACACUUUAUUUCAGAUACUGAUAUUUGCUAAUAUUAAUAAAUAGGAUUUCCUGGCAAGGUUAGAAUAAUAGAUGCUUUAAAAACUGAAUAUUAUAAAACACAAUU